UCGUGUGGUAUCCCCACUAUGCACCAAUACUUCGCAGGCUCAUGUUGAGAGUUUAAACAUUUUCAUCCUACACUGAAUCCAGCCACAUGUUACUUGUGAUAGAUUUUUGUCAAUAAGUGUUACUAAACGUAAUACCAGUGCACAAUAUAUAAUUAAGUGAAAUGGGGAAACUGCGGUGUCCGCGUUGGUGCAAUUGCAUCCCUUGCUUCCGCGCAAAAUUUACCCCUAAUCAUGACACAGCCUUGCAACCCUUACCCAAGCCAAAAGAAGCAGACGAAACGGACGGCGUGCCAUUUAUCGACUCGAAGGAGGAAUCUGACAUUUUAAUAAUUCGAAAAAUUGACCCGUGCACUAUCAUCAAUGGAAUUUCUCAUCACACAUCAAAAUUUGAACUCAUGAACCGCCAGUUCGAGCCGCAACUUGUGGUGCGGAGAGGUCAAAGUUUCCGGCUUGAUAUCACCCUCAGCCGGCCGUACAAGGAGGAGAAGGACGGGAUUUCCUUCAUUUUCACAGUUGACGACGAGGAUAAACCAAACUACGGCCAGGGCACUUUGGUGGCCGUUCCCCUCCUGAGGCGGCCCGAUCGCCACUUGAACUGGAACGUGGUUCUGGAAAAUGCAAUCGAAAACACGAUCACGGUCCAGAUUACCACGGCUCCAGACGCCGUGGUGGCGAAGUGGCACAUGGAGGUCGACACCAAAAUCAUCAACGACAGUGCUUACAGCUACAGCUGGGACACGGGGAUUUACCUCUUGUUCAACCCCUGGUGCAAGCAAGACCAGGUGUUUAUGAAGUCGGAGGACUGGAGGGAUGAGACGGUUCUUAACGACGUUGGAAUCAUUUGGAGAGGGACAGCGAACCGGAUGCGGCCCGUGAUCUGGAAAUACGACCAGUUCGAGAAAGAUAUCCUCGAAUGUUCGCUCUACUUGAUUCGAAUUGUUGGCAAAGUCAAGUGUGGGUACAGAGCCGACCCUGUCAGGACGGCCAGAGCCUUGGCAGCUGCUGUUAACUCAGCCGAUGACUUGGGGGCUGUCAUGGGCAACUGGUCGGAGGACCACAGUGGCGGAACGCCGCCAACCAAGUGGAUCGGGAGCAAGGAAAUUUUGCAAAAAUACUACAAGAAGAAACGACCGGUCAAGUACGGCCAGUGCUGGGUCUUCUCCGGCGUUUUGGCAACAAUUUGUCGUGCAAUUGGGAUUCCGGCUCGCACUGUGACUAACUAUUCCUCAGCUCACGACACUCAGAGCUCCCUGACUGUUGAUUACUUCACCGAUGAGAAAGGUUCAGUGAUGGAAGAGUUGAACUCGGACUCGAUUUGGAACUUCCACGUCUGGAACGAAGUUUGGAUGCAGAGGCCUGAUUUGGGGCGAGAUUACGCGGGUUGGCAGGCCAUCGACGCCACUCCUCAAGAAUUGAGCGAGGACAUGUACAGAGUGGGCCCCACUUCGGUCUUCGCCGUCAAACAAGGCGAGGUUUUACGGCCCUAUGAUGGGGCUUUUCUGUACGCCGAAGUGAACGCCGACAAGGUGUUUUGGAGAUACGCUGGGCCCACGCAACCGUUGAAACUCCUCCGUAAGGAUGUGCACGGGGUUGGGAAGCAAAUCAGCACCAAAGCUCCAGGGAGGUUCGAACGCGAAGACAUCACAAGUUUGUACAAAUACCCGGAAAAAUCUCCCGAGGAAAGAAACACAAUGCUGAAAGCAUUGCGUCAAUCGGAAAAUUUGUUCUCGCGUUAUUACCUAAACGAGGACUUCAACGACAUCCACUUUAAUUUCGAACUAAGGGACGAUAUUAAAAUCGGUCAGCCGUUUGACGUUGCCCUAGUCAUGAAAAAUAGGAACAAGAUCACCGAUUACAAAGUCAAAAUCAUUCUGCGAGUUGAGGUUGUAACAUACCGUGGAAAAGUCGGGGAAAACGUGAAAAAAGAAGACUUCGACAUGACGGUUAAGUCGGACUCGACGUGCGAAGUUAAAAUGAAUGUGACCUAUAACGAGUACGCCAAGCGUGUUGUUGACCAAUGUUCUUUUAUAAUUUCCUGUCUGGCGACGGUUGAAGACACCAAGUUUGAGUACUACGCCCAGGACGAUUUUAGAGUCCGCAAGCCUGAUAUUAAGAUUGUUUUGCAAGACAAACCAGUCGAGAAUAAGGAAGUCACUGCCGAUAUUUUCGUAGAAAAUCCUUUGCCCGUGCCGUACAAAAAGGGUGAGUUUACGAUCGAAGGGCCAGGUAUCGAGAAGAGCCUUAAAGUCAGGGUUAAAAAUAAUGUUCCUCCAAGAGAAACGGCCAAAGCACAGUUUAAAUUCACACCGCCGAGGACUGGACGCCACACCAUUGCCGCCAAAUUUGUGUCGAAGGAAAUUGAUGAUGUUGAUGGCUAUCUGGUGAUUAUGGUUGAGCCCAACAAGGAGGAGAAUGGAAGCAGGCUUUAACGUUUUUAUUAUUCGACUGACAUUUAAUAUGAGAGAGCUACACUCUGAUGAUGAUAUAAUAAUUAAUAUUAAGAUUCAUAAAUAAAAAAGCUACUUUUACUAAUAUGUAACACUUUUGUGUUGCGCCAGUAUUUAUAGUCUUACAAACGAAAUAGUAAAGAUUGACUAAAGUAAUUUAUCAUUUACAACAAAGCAGCUUAAGAUAGAAGAUUGUCACAGUGGCGCCUCCACCAUAUAUCACCCCGGCGCAUCCACCAUAUUUUACAACGGCGCCUCCACCAUAUGUCACAGGGUGGGAUUAAAAGUUAUGUGGGUGUUUUUGUACAUUCCUUAUGGGGCACAUGUCACACUUGGUACCACAAAACAACGACGACUUCACAAAAUGACCGUAGCAGGACUACGUCGACCCAAUCAGAACUAAACUGGACUCCCUAAGAUUCCUCGUUUUUAUUAUGUCCAAUUUAUGUUUUGAAAAGUGAGACGAUCUGAGCAAUAAACAUCUUUACCCGAAGAAACCCUAUUUUGCAUUUUACUGCAGACUAAUCAUCUGACCCCAACAGCAUUCUUCAAUGAUUUAUUGUUUUAGUCAAUCUUCGCUAAUUCGGUUGGAAGACUAUAUGCAUAAUUAGUUAUUUUUUUAUUUUGUCUCAUGUAUGAGCCGUAGGAAGUACAAAAUUAUUUUCUAUUGUAAUUGCCAGUUGAGUAUAAUUGUAACCCAUUUUUACUUGCAUAAUAAUUAUGUAUGAACUUUUUUACGAAGCUAGUAUUUUAUGACUUAAUAUGAGGUAAAAUUCUUACCAAAGAAAUAUAAUAUUUAUUCAAUCUUUGUAUUCGUAAGUGUAAAAUAAAAUAUAUAAAAACAA